CCACCCCCACUCCGCCGCCGCUCACAACCACGUGCGCACAGAAAACACAUCGCGUUUUUUCUUUCUCCCAUCUACCGAUCCCUAAUUCCCCAUUCCUCUCUUUUCUCUGAAUAGAAGUCCGAUUGGUGAGGCGAGGCGACGCCAGGGAGCCAGCGAGGCAGCGACGUGCCUCCAGGCCGCGCGCCGCCGUCGCCGCCUCGAAGCUCCCUGCGCCGCCGUCGUAGGUUAGUAGCGUGCCGCUGCCGCUGCCGUGUGUGUGGAGCCGCCGUCGCAUGUGAUGUGUACUCUGUUGAACUCCAAAACAUGUGAGCUUGUUAUGUACUGCAUGUGAUGUGCUGCUAUGAUGCUAUGCAUGCACCGAUGUACUGCUUAAGUUUAUGUGAUGAACUUGUUAAGUUUAAUGUUUGUUGGAGUAAGUUUACUAUGUUUUCUUCUUCCUGUAAUCCUGUUGUUGCUUGCUUGCUGUUUUUCUGUUUCUUUCGGGUGCUGAGACCCGGCGGGUGCCCCGUACCCGCUGCGGGGACGGGGACGGGGGAAAUCUACCCCCUGUGCGGGGAUGGGGAAGGGGAACGUUCUGUUUUUUAUGCUGUGGGGAUGGGUACGGGGUGCACAAACCCGACGGGGGCAGCCCCGUUGCCAUCCCUAAUCUCCCUCCAGUCCCUCCCUACCACAGCCACAGCCAGAUCCGCUUAUUCUUGCGCACUUUUUUCUGCAUCCUGCGAUUUAUUUUGUUUCGUUUUGAUCUUUUUUUUCACGGUUGUUUUGUUGUUUUAUUAUGCAAGCGAUGCGAUGGCAGUGACGACCUGGUAAUAUUCAAGCUCAACAGACCAAAUCACAGGUCUUUCUCUCUGGAUCUACUCCUCAGGGAUUGAUUUGUAUGCCGAUUUUUCCGCUGAACCGAGCCAUCUGAUUUUGCUCUUUUUUCUUAUCUGGUUUAAUUGUUUUUCUGUUAAAAAUUGCUAUCUUUCUCGAUUCCUUAUUGGUUUAUAUUCGUGUUCUUUGCACUGGAGGAGUCUAUUGCGAUGAGGAUAUUAAGCUCCCUCUUCUGAAGGCAUUGAGGACACUCGCUGGCAGAAUCGAACCAAUUAACAAAGCCACCACUGAGUAACUUGAAAUCCUCCUUCAAUUUGUUCUGCUAUGUUUUUUCUGUUGUUUUUCUUAGAUCUGUUUGGAUUGUGAGGAGGUAAUUGAUGCAUAAUCCAACACUUGAUCAGAGGACGGCUUCUGUCGUCCAUGUGACGUUACACAUCUUUGCAUCUGAAUCCAAUCACAGAACAGAUCUUAUCGUUUAUGGUUUUAUGUGGAUUUUUUACAGUAUCAGAGGAUGAAACCUUAUAACAAUCUUAGGACACCUUCUGACACAGUGCUAUAACACUGUGAAUGAGAAGGCUUUUCUUUCUGAUGAUGCUUUAAAGAUCAUUUUUAUAUUCUUUUCUUUAAAUCUUGCGUGUUCUAUAAUUUUUUCUCCUUCCUAUAUCUACGAUUUUAAGCCUAUGAUGAUUAGCAUAUUGUUGGAAUUACCGUCAGAUUAUCAAAUGACGACAUUUGUCUGGCAUCCUGAGGCUUUAUAAUCCAGUAAUAUUGUAGUGUAUAAAGAUCUAGAUUUUGUUCAUGUAUUAUGAGUUGCAAUCUAGUCCCAGUGAGGAUUCUAUGACCAUAGGAAGUGCCGUAUGACACUUUAAACAGCAGCUGCUUUUCUCAUUUGCAAGUGUCCAUCCUUCGACCAUAACCUUUGUGGUUUGGUCUGGGAUGGAGUACCCAUUUGCAAUUGGUUAAUUCAGCUGUGUGUGUGAUUUUAAACGGGUCUCUUGAGGGAUUAUGCGAAGCUGUCUCAUAAUAAUAUAGAAUUUGUAUCUGUUAUUUUGUGAUAGUUUGGGCCUGAUGCCACGUCACCUGUAGCUACGGCUUUGACCGGUGAUGCUUUGAUUAGGCCAAAACAGAGUUGGUUUCCUACGUUUCACAUGUUGAUAGGAACCUGGGACUGCAUCUCCAUCGGUCUACAGAGCCCGUAUCUGUCAUUACAUUUGAUUUAUUUGAAUUAACAACCUUUUUUGUUUUGCUUUUAUUUUUUUGGUCCCUUGAUUAUAUGGCAAUGAUGAUAAAUUUAAGGCUUGUUUCUCAUAACAUUCGCAGUUGCCGCCUAAGAGCUUUCGCCCUGCCAGGCUUGAGAGCUAAUGCUGUUAAUUCCUUCCUUGGAUGUCUGAGCCAUUUUCUUCAUGCAAGUUUAUUUGUUGUUCUUCUGUAAAUUGGUGAUCUGCAUGGCAAAUGAUGCUAAAAGCAAGGCUUGUUUCUCAUAACAUUCGCAGUUGCCGCCUAAGAGCUUUCGCCUUGCCAGGUUUGAGAGCUAAUGCUGCUAAUUCCUUCCUUGGAUGUCUGAUGCAAUGCAACACCAACUGUAUUCUCUUUAAAUUAUUGUUUUGCCACUUCUAUAAUUAAUGUUUACUGAAUGUAAGUGAGCUGUUGAUGGACGCCUAAUGAUGCUAAAAUUUCUCAUAGCAUCUGCAGUUACUGCCUAAUAGCUUUCGCCCUGCCAGGCUUGAGAGCUAGUGCUGUUAAAUCCUUCGUUGAAUGCAUACCCAAGCUCACUAUUUUGAUCAACCUGUGUUUUUAAUAAAUAUAAAUUCUAAAAGUUCGAUGAAAUGUUGAUUUCAUGUGAAACUUGUCUGUUCGAGUUGUGAAUUCAGCUAUUGAGACAGUGAAAAGAGCAGUUAUUCCACAAGAUCCAGCUAUUGAGACAGUGAAAAGAGCAGUUAUUCCACAAGAUCAGAACUAGACAAGAACACUUCCAACCUGUAAAAUCUUAUUUUGUACUAUUGGCUGUAAUGACAAUAUGCGGACUAUGAGAUGUAUUUGUAGUAUGCAAUAUCCGUUGUGAUUUUUGCAUAACAAGCAGCUGAUUAUAUUUUAUUAUUCA